CAAAGACAGCUUAAAAGAAAAGAGCCCCUCGUCAGUAAAUUAGAUAGAGCCAUUUACUCUGCUUCCUCCAAUCUUCCCUGCCAUGGCCAUGAGCUUGGGAUGAUUUCCAAGCAAUAUUAAGAGAACAUCUUGUGCCAUUUAGUGAGAUUAGCUUCAUGGGCACCAUGCUUGCCCAACCACCAAUCCCAGCUUUCCAUGCAAUUCCACCGGUGCUUAGAAAUAGACCCACAAACAUGGCGGUAGCUCCUCAUAGUUUUCUCUCAGCCACACAUCAAUGGACUCAAAGCACGAGAUUUGGGCAGUGCCCAUUUGGGUUUAGGAACGCUUACACAGUCAGAGUUGCAGAGCAAAGUUCGAGCCUUAUUGGGGACGAGACACCCACUCAGAUUAAGACUGAGCUUUACCAAGCACUCGAAGGAAUCAAUAGAGGGAUUUUUGGGGUCCCAUCUGCAAAGAAAGCUGACAUUGAAGCUCUGGUGAAGCAGCUGGAGUCUCAGAAUCCUACUCCAGAUCCUAUUCUAAAUUUGGAAAAGAUGGGUGGAUGCUGGAAACUUGUUUACAGCACAAUUACAAUUUUAGGCUCCAAAAGAACAAAGCUAGGAUUGAGGGACUUCAUCUCCUUGGGUGAUUUCCUGCAGAAUAUUAAUGUUGCUGAGGGCCAAGCAGUCAAUGUGAUCAAGUUUGAUGUGAGAGGAUUGAAUCUGUUUAAUGGACGGCUGACGAUUGAGGCCUCCUUCAAGCAAGCAUCCAAAUCAAGAGUUGACAUCAAAUAUGACAACUCCACAAUCACUCCGGUUCAGUUGAUGAACGUGUUUCGGAAAAAUUACCAUCUUCUGCUCGGAAUCUUCAAUCCAGAGGGUUGGCUUGAGAUUACAUAUCUUGAUGAAACCAUGAGGAUCGGAAGGGAUGAUAAAGGCAACAUCUUCAUAUUAGAGAGAUCAAACGAAAAUUCUCUUCAAGCGUCAAGCUAGAUUCAGUUCGUCGUUAUAUCCUUUACCGAUUGAAAGAUCAUUUUUGAAGAGUACAUUUCGUUGCUGCAUUGUAGCACUUUUGAACAUUUUUGUAUUUGUAACUCAUAAAGCUGCAUAUAUGCGGUCAUCUUUUUUCCAGAGAAAUAAUGAAAGACGAAGAUAUGUGCUUUCAUGAUGAA